ACUGUUAAGGUUUAAGCUAACUCACCAUGUCUGACCAAUACAACCCAGAUAAGUUAUCUCAAGACUUCCAAAACGCCUCAAUUGGCGGAGGUGCUGACCAAAGUCAACAACAACAACAACAGUACCAACAACCACAACAAGGUGGAGGUUACUACAACAUGGCUAAUGCCCAAUCAUUUGUUCCACAAGGAGGAUACCAACAAUACCAACAAUUCCAACCUCAACAAGGACAACAAUAUCAACAAUACAACCAAUACCAAAACUACAACACCAGAGGUGGUUACCAACAAGGUGGUAGAGGUGGAUAUCAAAACUACAACUCCCGCGGAGGGUACCAACAAAACUACAAUAACAGAGGUGGGUACCAACAAUACAACAAUAGACAACAAUACCAAGGUUACGAUGCUUAUCAACAACAACAACAGCAAUCUCAACCUCAAGGUAUGAGUUUGGCUGAUUUCCAAAAACAAAAGGAACAACAACAAGCUAGUUUGAACAAGCCAAAGAAGACCCUUAAAUUGGCCCCAUCAAGUGGUAUCAAGUUGGCCAAUGCCAAGAAAGAACCAUCUCCUGCCCCUGCUGCUGAGCCAAAGACAGAAGCUGCUCCAAAGGAAGAAGCCAA